GCAAACCCCUCGAUUUAGAUCGCUUCGCCAACAUUGUAAUCCAAACCUCGCCGCCCCCGGAAACCGACCAACAGGCCGAUCGACCGAUCACCGAUGGACACGUCAAGGCCAACGACCGAGCAGACGCCGUCGCCUAGCAUCAUCGAGCAGGUCCGCGACCACGCCAUCGCCGGCGCCAUCUUCGGCUCCGCCUGCAACUUCGUCGAGGGCGCCUGGAAGUCGCCGAGCGGGAGCCGCCUCUCCGGCGGAGUCCUGGCCGUCCCCAAGAACGCGCGCAGCAUCGGCAGUUGUGCAGCAUGGUUUGGCGUCGUCCAAUCCAUUAGGUGCGCCGUCACCCAUGUGUCACCGGAGUAUCCCUUUGAAUCCACCGUCGCAUGGGGCGUCACCGACGCCCUCUUCUCGAUGCAUCGCGGGCCGCGCGCGGCCGCCCGCUCCGGCCUCAUGGGUGCCGCCAUAGGAGUGGCCUUCGACAUGGCCGAACAUAGCAUAAAACGCUUCCUUGCCUCACGGCCACCACGGGAAGACGACCGCCGCAUCCCUUCUCAGUCCGCUGCUUGCCCGGCCGGGAUUCCUGACGCCACACGUCGUCGUGUUUGAUUCAUGUUAUUAGUUUCUGUCGUCAAACUGUAGUAGUUUUUCAUCCGUAAACUCGUCGACUAUAAAACUUAUAUUCUCUUGUCUUAUAAUGCUACUGUUGCAAGGCAUCGACGCAAGUAGCUAAAUAGGGGAAAUUUCUGCUGCAGCAAUAUCAUAUAUAACUGGUUCUUGGAUUAUCUAAUGUUUGCUCCACUCA